AUGCCCGAAAGAUUCACCACCAGCGCCUUCCGUAGGCUCUGCAAGAGGACGCCGAAUGGCCCGACUGUUAUUCAAAAGCUCCGCAAGAACGCCGCCGCGCACGCUAUCGCCAAGACCACCGACGACAAGGCCAAAGAGUUCCUCGCUCAGCGCAAAGCCACGAGGGACGACACUACCAACAAGAAGCAGGCGUUCCUCAACGAUGAGAAGAUCAGAUGCGCCAAGGAAGCCGAGAGUAUUAGGCGCGAGCAGAUGUUGAGGGAGAAGAGGAGAGUGGCUAUGAAGAAGGCCUGCGGGGAACGCGUCAGCCUCUAUCGUGCGGGAAACAUUGACGCUCCUGCUUCUGGAGCUUCGGCUUCUGCUCCCGGAGCUUCGACCUCGGCUUCUACUCCUGGAGUUUCGACUUCGGCUUGUGCUUCUGGAGCUUCUGGAGUUUCUGGAGCUUCGAAAGUUACUCCUCCUUCUCGCAAGGAUAUGUUGCUCGGCAGAGAGGAUAAGUUGCUUCUUUCUCAGAUGAAGCCGAAGGAUACUAGGAGCUUGGUUAGGAAGCGCGAUCGCAAUUAA